AUGUUGGUGUUGGUAAAAAGAGACCCGCAUAUCCCAUAUAGUUUGCCAGCUAAAAAAAAACUGCUGGUGCCAGGAAAGAUUCAACAUUCUCUGUGCUGGAAACUUUGGACCAAAACCAGCUACGACUAUCUCAAGACUUUGGCCCAUGAUAUUCAGAUUGUAAGAAGAGACUUUGAUGAGAAACAUUCUUCCUUCAUUUGCGUUGAGAGAUAUCCAGGCUUCUACAGUUGUCACUUACCUGUAUCAGUAAACUGGACAUGA